UGUCCUUGGUUCCGCGCGGGCUAAUACCGUAACCUUCCUAGUAGGUGAGGCCCGACACCAAUACGUUUUAGGUGGCAGUAUCAUCGACUCAGCCUUCACCAUUUGAUAAGUACUGCUCUAUUCUUGCCGAACUAAGGAGAAGCUCUUAGAUUCAGCCCGACUCGUUGGCAUCAUGGAAGGCGAAGAUCAAUCUAUGACAGACGCGCCUAAUGGACUUGACGAAUCUCAUGCUCCCCCUGCCACAGGACAAGGUAGCGACUUAUCAGCCCAUAAUGAUAUGAAUGUAGACACAGACGAGAGUGAAGAUUCAAGUGAGGCUGAGCUUCGGGCCAACUCGAUGCUGCAACGCAGAAAGCUCCCUACAGGAUGUUGUUACGAUGACAGGAUGAAGCUUCACGCGAAUGCUGAUUUUGGCCCUGCUCCUCACCAUCCAGAGGACCCUAGACGAGUCGAAGAGAUCAUGAAGAUGUUCAAAAAGGCCGGUCUCGUAUUUACCGGUCCUGACUCUGAGCUUCUGGAUAUUCUGAGAGAGAAUCCGACCAAGUAUAUGUGGAGAAUUCCAGCUCGCUCUGCCACGAAGCAGGAGAUUUGUACGGUGCAUACCGCACGACACUAUGCAUGGGUCGAGCAUCUCUCCGACAUGCCCACAAGGGAACUGAGACUACUAAGCCAUAAUCUAGAUCAAGGUAGAGCCUCGCUCUAUGUUGGCGGCAUGUCCUAUGAAGCAGCAUUGCUCGCAGCAGGAGGGUGUGUGGAGACGUGCAAAAAUGUUGCCGCCGAGCGUGUCAAGAAUGCUUUCGCCAUUAUUCGGCCACCUGGUCAUCAUGCCGAGUACGAUACCCCCAUGGGAUUCUGUCUAUUCAACAACGUCCCAAUCGCCGCAAAGGUCUGCCAAAAUGAAUUCCCCGACACAUGUCGUAAAAUUCUCAUCUUGGAUUGGGACGUUCACCAUGGGAACGGAGUUCAGAACAUGUUUUACGAAGAUCCGAACAUCCUUUACAUAUCCAUUCACGUAUAUGAGAAUGGUAACUUUUACCCGGGGAAGCCAGAAAACCCCAUGAUACCCGAUGGAGACAUAGACAAAGUGGGAGACGGCCCAGGCGAGGGGAAGAAUAUCAAUAUUGGCUGGCCAUCCCAGGGUAUGGGAGACGGCGAAUACAUGGCUGCAUUCCAACAUAUUGUCAUGCCAAUCGGUCGCGAAUUCAACCCGGAUAUGGUGAUCAUCUCUGCUGGCUUCGAUGCGGCCGAUGGUGACGAGUUGGGUGGAUGCUUCGUCACGCCGACAUGCUAUGCCCACAUGACGCAUAUGUUAAUGUCCCUUGCCGGGGGGAAGGUGGCAGUUUGUCUGGAGGGUGGUUAUAACCUGAAGGCUAUAUCCAACUCAGCUCUAGCAGUUGCCCGAACACUUAUGGGCGAGCCGCCACCCCAAAUGUCCAUACCUCCCAUUGCUAAAGAAGCCGCAAAAAUGAUCGCCAAAGUUAAGGGGAUACAAGCUCCCUACUGGGAAUGUAUGAGGCCUGGUGUCAUUGACCUUAAUGAGUUGGGUGACAACAGGUCUCGUCUGCACGAUGUCAUUCGAGGUUAUCAGCGACAGGUGCUAUCUCAGAAGUUCAACAUGAUUCCACUCUUUAUCCAGAGAGCGGUUCUCUAUAAGUCGUUCGAGAAUCAAGUUCUUGUUACGCCCGGAUUACAAGCUAAGAAAAAUAUAAUGGUUAUAAUUCACGACCCUCCUGAACUAAAAGCAAUGCCGGAUACCAUCGACAACACCGUCGACCCACAUAACGGCUUUAUCGUGGAUGGUGUCACGUCGUAUAUCGAGUGGGCGCACAAGAAUGAUUUUGGUAUCGUUGAUGUUAACAUUCCACAUUAUAUCACGCGUCCGGAGGAUAUGGAUGCAUACAUGGCUCGAGCAGAUGAGAAGACGUUGCAGCGCCAGAUACAAGAGUUGGUGUGUUACAUCUGGGACAACUAUCUUCAGUUGUACUCGGCCACGGCGAAUUUAUUCGUCAUGGGCGUUGGUAACGCAUACUUGGGGGUUAAGGUCCUCUUGACAAAUCGAGAUUGCAAAUAUCAGCUCUCAGGAGUCGUCAAUUUUGUCACGGGCAGCCUACGACCGGUCAAGUCGGAAACAGAUCCGGACCUGUCGACCUGGUAUAAGCAAAACUCGCUAGUAUUUGUGACCAACGAUCAUGCUUGCUGGGCGGAUAGCAGUUUGGCAAAGAAGGUGCUUAAGAAGCGUUUUGGGGGCGUACAGAAAAGCCCCGAGUCUGGACUGAACCGUAUGAUGGAAGUGCAUGAGCCCGAUGUCUGUCAAUUCAUCAAUGAGAGGCUUAAAAGCCAGAGACGAAGUGGCAACACUACCGAGGAUGAGAAUUGAACUUGGAGGAAUUCUUGUCUUGUAAUGAGUGAGUGAUGGGAUAUGUAGGUGUAGAUACCAGAAGAGGUAUAUCAGUCUCUGUCCAGGGCCCUUUCCCCUAGUUUCUAGGUUGGGGCUUCAGGCUACAGCACCGAUGAUUCUCGGGUUCUAGUUGCCUCAGACUGAACCUUUAAGUAGGUAUUAAUUCGAAAGAACUGAUGUCCCUUUACACAGAAGUCGAUAUCGACAUUUCCUUCGAUGUUUCUUAGGCCUUGCUCC